AACACGGCGACUACAUUUCCCACAAUUCUAGAGACGCUGUUACCAUGGAGGCGUGGAUAGCUUUAGUUUAGUUCUGGGGUUGGGUCGGCUGUAGCAACAACAAUAAUGUUUAGGAAAUUACUUUCUACCAUGCAUGUUUUGUUAUAGCGAAUGGUAGCUAUAUAAACUUGUAUAUGCCUACGUUAGUGAAAUAAUGUGGGCUAAGUUAUAUAUUGUGUAUAUGAAUGUGUUGUGUUCUGCCCGCAGUGGUUUGGCGCUGGUAAUGCGCGCGAGUUUUCAAAGUGGGCGAGUCUGCGCCUCUUAAAAAGAGGACGUCCAACCGGCUAACCGGAGUUAGCUUCAUUAUACCUCACAUUCUGGGCCAGAUUACACGCCAACUGGUACUAAACGUUGUAUCGGCUAAGGAAUCUAAUGUUACACCCUUGAUCAAACGUAUUCGGUGGAGGUUUUUCAAAGCACGACCAGGUCGUUUUUAUUUUAUUGCCGGGCUUGUUGUUGCUAAGGCAAGCUAAAAUGGACAAGUUAACGCUACUGGCUAAGCUAGCAUCUCUGCUUUGUAAUGUAAACAGUCGUGUGGUUAGCAGUUAAUAACGUCUCUUAAAUAAAAGAAUACUCAACUCACCAAAAGACACGUCUGUCCCAUUUAUGCCAACAGACCACCCUACAGGCUCUGCAUCAUGUCUAUUGAUUUUGACAGUGCUGCUCUUCAAACCCAGCAUGAUGAAGAAGAAUACGACCAGGAGGACUAUGCAAGAGAGCAAGAGCUGCACAAAUUGCUCACUGACCUGCCCGAUGACAUGCUGGAGGACAGCAGAGACUCCUCCUCCCCAGAGCUAGAGUACUCUCCCUGCAACAAUAAAAACACUGGCAACAGUCCACAGUCCACAUGGACUCAGCAAUGGUCAGAUCACCCAAGACCAACUACUCAUGAACAGAACUGUGAAGUUGACUAUGAUCAACGCUCCCAUGAUGAGUACGCUUAUGAGGAUGGAGCUGUUCAGAUCAAUGGAUAUCACCCUCAAAGUCAACCUCUGCCUCACACCUGGAGCCAGGAUCAUCCUUUCACCCAGGGAGAUUAUAUAUACACCAGCAUAGGCACAGAAAAAUCUACAGAGACUUCUCUCACAGACGAGUAUGAGUCCAAACCCUACCCUCAAGUCACUAAUACCGCUGUUUAUAAUGGAGAAGGAGAACACGGAGACAAUCAAAACCAUGGGGACCACAACAAGGGCAGAAAGAAUUUUCAAUCUGGAGCAUUGGACAGAGUGGAUCAGCACAAGGCCAGCUACAAUCCUCACCAUCCUGCCCAUCAGCCAAAGAUGUUUAACUCACAGGCCGUCCACCAAGAAGGUCAAUUUGACCAUCUACAAAGAGAAUUCCUUGACUCGACACAACAAACCGCUGAUAGAGAGCAGCUUGCUCAGCUGCAGAUUUUACACAGAGCUCAGCAGAGGCAAAUCGAAGACUUGGAGCAAAAACUAGAGGAUUCAAGGCGUAAUAUGAGAUACAUCGAGCAUCAGUUUGCAAUUGCCAAAGAUGAAAAGGAGGGCCUAGCAGUAAGCCUAAAGGAAUCAAGUCAAUUGGUUGAAGAAGCCAAGGAGAGAGAGUUUCAAAUGCUAAACAAAGUGAAGGCAAUGGAGCAGCAAGUACAGGCCCUUACUGCAAGAGACCAUGAGAACAUGAAGAAGCAGAGGUUGGCAGAGGCUGCAGUGGACAGCAUGAAGCAGCAGAUGUUGGAGCUUUGUCGCUCUGACACUCUGUCCAAAACGCGGCAGCAGCAUGACCGAGACCUUACCGUCAUGAAGGAGCAGCAUGAGGCUGCACUGUUGACACUAGAGCAGAAGCUAGACUCUACCUCUGAGGCUCUGAACAAACAGGUUGAUGUUGGUCAGAGGUUACGGGAACAGGUGAAGCAGCUGGAGCGCCAGAGAGAAGAAGAACAACUGGAGAGAGCCCGAGUCGUCAACACCCUCAGUCAGCGUCUGGAGGAGAGUCAACAACAAUGUGCCAAACUGCUGCAAACAAGUUCAGUGCAGGAAAUGAGUCAGAUACAAAUCAAACUACAACAGGCUCAAUCAGCAAAGGCACUAAGCGAAAACAUGAACAAAGUCUUACAGGAGGAUCUGGCCGAGUUGAAGGAACAGAUCACUAUGUAUGAAUCUGCUGUGAAACACGGUGUUAUUGCAUUAGACCUGGACAGUGACUGGGAGAACCAGCUGUCUGAAUCCUGUGUGGAUUUAGGAUUAAAGAAAACAAACAGGAAAAAUGGCUUGCUUCACAGUGCUGCCCUGGCUCACCUGUCGGACUCCAAGCUGCCCAAAGAUGAAGCUUUGCGGCUGCUGCGAGUGGAGAUGCAGCGCUGCCUGGGUAGUCUGAAGGGGAAGCGUCAGAAGAUCAGUCAGCUGCAGGAAGAGCUCCAUCUCUGUCAGGGUCGAGUGACCGAGCUGCAGACCCAAUUAGAUGAAGCCAAGCUCUGCUCUUCGGUCAGAGAGACCAAUCAGAUGAAACAUCCAGACGUAACUGGAGCGUCUCAGAAAGAGUUCACGAAACUACAGGAAGACCAACGACACUUGCAGGAACAAGUGGAGCUGUUAGAAAAGAAGAAUAAGGAGCUGAAACAGAGUGAGGAGAAGGUGAGGUCUGCCAACUUGGAGCUUUGCACCAAGAUGAGGCAGAUGAUCCAGGAACUGGACCAAGAGAAGCAGGAGGCUGCUGAGAGAGCUGAGCGGAUUCAUCAGCAGUAUAGGGACGAUGUGGUGGACCGGGUCAGAACCGAGAUCAUGCUGGAAUACGAUGCUCAGGUUGAACAGCUGACUGCACAGCACCAGCAGCAGGUCCAACAGUUACAGACCCAGUUGUCUGAGGCUAAUGAUAAGAUGUUGGCCGUGCAAGAGUGUUACCUAUCUGUCUGCAAGGAGAAGGACAUGCUUGAGAAGGAGGAGACUUUGAUCAGAGUAAAUGAGCAAAAGAUGACAGAAGAGAGUGGUACAGCUGUGGAGAAGCUGAGGGCUGAGCUUGAGGCUCAGCAUCAGGCCUCAAUAAAUAAGCUCAAAGCUCUCUGGUCCAAAGAAAAGGAGACUGAGAUCCAGCAGCAGGUGAACUCUCACGUAGCCUUGGCCAAGGCUGCUUGGAAAGAGGAACUACAAAAGGUGGAGAAGACCUGGGUCCAGAGGCUGGAGGAGGCCAGAAGAGAAAAACACAGAGAGACUACUGAGGCAACCUGUCAGGCAGAUGAGAUUGAGGCCAGCAGCGUGACAAUAACUGUUGAAGAAUUGGACUCCAGGCUCAGUGCCCAGAAACAGCAGCUGCAACUGGAGGCUGACAAAGUCAAACGCAAAGCUGUGGAGGAAGCCAGGAAGCAAGCCCAGAGAGAGCUGCACAAGAAACAUCUGGAGGACAUGGCCAAACAGGUUGAAGGUGCAGUUACCAGGGCCUACAAUCGCUGGAUUGAGGAUUUGACUUCAUUACCAGAAUACCAAGCCUCUCUCCAAACCGAGAGGGAGAAAUGGGAAGAACUACAAGAAAAAUGCACAGAACGACAGGUAUCCCAGGCCCUGAGGGAGGCAGAGGAGCAGUGGCAUAGGACGCACAGGAAUCAGCUGGAGGAACAGAUCACCGGAACGCAGAGGGUGGAGGAGCUCCAAGAGGAGGUGGCAGCUCUCCAGAGUCAGCUGGAGCAAGGCAGGAGAGAGCACGCUGCCCUGCUGAAGGCUGAACUGGCUGGAGCUAGAGCAGCCUGGAAUCGAGACAAACAACAGGAGAUCUCUGUCAUCCAGGUCCGCAGCGAGCAGGCGUACCAAAGCAAGCUGCAAGAGCAGCGCAAAAAUCUGGAGCAGGCUUUGCAGCAGGCCAGAGAGGAUGCUGGUCUCCAUAAGAAGGAGCUGCUUCUGCAGAUGGAGGCCAAGCUACAGCAGACUCUGAUGGCCCGAGAGGAGGAGUGGAGAUGUCAGCAUGCAGAGACGGAGCAGUCUCAGAGAAAGCAGAUGAGAGAAGAAUUACUAGCAGAGCUUCAGACUCAUCUGGCAGAGGUCCAGGCACAACUUCUCAGGGAUCCCAAAACAAAUCAGCAGGGCACUGAAGACACCAGGAGGACCAGCGGGGCCACGUCAGAGGGCACAAUAACACACAUCAUUCAAACAUCCUGCAAAGACAUAGUCAACAGAGCAGUAUCUCAAGCCAAGAAGGAAUGGGAGAGGAUAAGUGAGGAGAGACUGAGCCGUGUGUUAAAAGAAACACAGGAGCAGCAUGAGAGAGAAAUCGACAAAAUGCAAAGCUCUUUGUCCCAGAAGAAGGAGCAGGCUCGCUGCAGGAAGGAGUGUGCUGAGACUUUAGGUAAGCUGCAGAAGAAGAACAAGGAGCUCCACAGACACUUAGAAAAAGCCUGUCGUCAACUCCAGCACAGUGUUCGUGAGCACAAAACUGCCUUGCAGAAUCUGAAAGAUGAGCAUGAAAGCAGCUUACAUAAGGCAAAGGAGGGACAUCUGCAGCAGCUGGAGGAGGUGAAGAGAGCCAAAGAAUCCUCAGGGAGUUCUAAUUACCAACAAAAUGCUCAUCAAGGCCUCGAGGAGAUGAAGCAGCAAUACUUGAUGACUGUAGAAAAGAUCAGAGGAGACAUGCUGUGUUACCUCAAGGAAAGUCGGGAGCGAGCAGCAGAGAUGAUCUGCAUGGAGGUGCAGAGGGAGAGGCAGGACACUGCCAGAAAGAUGCGGCACUAUUAUCUGACCUGUCUGCAGGAGUUACUGGAGGAUGGAGGAAAGACUUCAGGGGCUGAAAAGAAAAUAAUGAAUGCUGCAAGCAAGCUGGCAGCCAUGGCUAAAGUGCUGGAGACGCCUUUCAAAAGUAAAUCUGGAAAGAACUACAGUUUACAAAGCUGUUUGACGGCUGUGUCCACAGGUAGAAACGCAGGUUUCAGUAAGAACCCGCCAACACUAACUGAGCUUCCUGACAUAAGGCAGGAGGAGAGAUCCCACAGGGAAAAGACUUCUGCUGAUUCAGAGCAGAAACAAGCUGCUGCAGCGAGGACUAAACCUUUGAGUCACCAGGACAUUUCUGCAUCUGGGAAGGAGGAGGCCUCUGUAGAUUCAGUGCUGAAACCCCAAACUAAUGCUCACACUCACCUCCGCUCUUACAAAUCUUCUCAACAGAUGGCUUCUCCAUCCCAGGUGGAUUUAGUUAACGUGUCUGUGAGAAGUAAAAGCAGGGAGCUGUACCUGCAGGGGGUUGACUCCAGCAAAGCAGACAACCGCCUCGACUCAGAGCGACAAAGUAAACUGUUCCUCAUCCAGGAGGCUCCUGUCAGAGACGAGAGAAGGACCGACUGGAGCAUGAGCAGCAGUGACUCGGACACAGGCUUCCAGGUUUCAGGACUCUCGUACUCGGGGAGGAAACUAGAGCCAGUGAAGCCCUUUUCUGUCUCUGCUGCAUCAGCCAGUGACUCAGGAGAGUUUGGCGGCCUCACCCCAGAUGUUUCUGACCUGACUGUCUAUAAUGAAAUUGCCAAAAAGACACCUCACACCCAGACCUUGAACUUUCAGCAUGCAAAGAGAAGUACACACAGAGAGCCCACCCCAGGCUCUGAGGCUGAGAAGCAGCAUGGAGUUUGUUCCAGGCCUCUGUUCUCUGAGUUGAGACAGCGCCAGCAGGACAGCGGCUUCGACAGUCCAUUCUACCAACAUAAAUGACAAAAGGAAGGGCAGGUAUGACGUGAAGUAGGGAGACAAGCUUGAAAAUGUCAGUAAUCUUACCAAAUAGUGCCUUUUUAAUACAGUGUAUAAAGUUUACAUGAUGUAGAACCUUUGCCUUCAUGGCUGCUUUAAGUGUUUGUGUGUUGCAUUAACAUUGUUAAAGGAAUAAUUUGACAUAUUGGGAAAUGCAUUUGCUUUAUUGCCGAGUUAGAUGAGAAGAUUGAUACCACUGUCAGGUCUGUACGCGAAGUAUGAAGCUACAGCCAGUAACCAGUUAGCUUAGCUUAGCAUAGUUUAGCUUAAUAACUGAAUAUGGGGAACCAACUAGCCUGGCUCUGUCCAACAGUAAC